ACCCGGCGCAGAAACCAGAAGAAGAAAAAGGCGGAAACUAGUGUUUUACGCGUGUAAUAUUUCACCCAAGAUGUUGACUAUUUACAAAUACAUUUACAUAAUACAUAAAGUUGUACAUUUUAAGGAAAACUAUUUGUAACGACUCGUCUUCGGGAGUGCGUUGCGUCCAUUUGUCGAAUUGUUGCUACUGUAAACUGUGAUAUCGUCUGUAAUAUCAACAAGCACACCGAGCUUCUUUUCCAGUUUUGACAAGUAACAAUAAUAACCAUACAGGAUCCAUGGCAUCGCAGAUGGACGACAGCCAUAGAAGGUUCCUGCAGGCCCUGAUGCGCAGUGCUAUUAUUGACGAGCAAACUGCAAAGAAACUCCACCGCCAUUGUUGUAGAGUACACGAUACACGUUAUGCCACCGGCCAACUAGAUGACUAUAUAGACACCAUCAACUCUCAUCUGCAGCCGAUGUUCAUGCAGAUUCGAAAGGGCAUGUGCGAGGAGAGCGGCGUGCAGCACUACGCCUUGGUUAACAUGUCUGAGACAGACAUCACCAGAAUGACAUCCGAUUACGCCGACCAUGAGUUGGAGCUCUUCAGGAAAAUUAUGGAUCUGAUUGUGGACGCUGACUUUGGCACGGCCUCCUCCACGGAAAUUCUGAAUUGUGCCCUCACACUAAACAAAAAGCCGAAGAAGAAAGACACAGAACAGCUGCUGAAUCGACUUGUGCAUGACAGUUGGCUCACGGAGAGACAGGGUGAAUACUGCCUGUCCACCAGAUGUAUUAUUGAGAUGGACUCAUACAUUCGCACCAUGUAUCAGAAUCAGGUCAAACAGUGUCACAUCUGUCGCAACAUCGCCUUCCAGAUUCUUCAGAGGAGCAACAGAGCCUCGGUGCCCUGCCUGUGAGGAUUUUUGGCCGCAUGAGAUCCCCCAAAUUGAGGAACGUCCAGCCAAUGAAGACCUGUGAAUCACUUUUGUUAAAAAAAAGUUUAUAUUUUGAAACAUACAAUACACAAUUUGGUUGUGUUUGUAAUUUGUGUUUUAAUAACAUCGUCAUCAAGAUUAACAUUAAAGAUUAAAGUACCAAUGAUUGUCACACACACACUAGAUGUGGUGAAAUUUGUCCUCUGCAUUUGACCCAUCCCCUUGGGGAGCAGUGGGCAGCAGCGGCGCCGCGCCCGGGAAUCAUUUUGGUGAUUUAACCCCCAACUCCAACCCUUGAUGCUGAGUGCCAAGCAGGGAGGAAACGGGUCCCAUUUUUAUAGUCUUUGGUAUGACUCGGCUGGGAUUUGAACUCCAACCUACCGAUCUCAGGGCGGACACUCUAACCACUAACAUAUCCGAACCUCUUUUAAAACUGUUAAGGAAGCAAAAAAUUUCAAGUUAUAAAAAAACUUGGAGGCUUGCAACAUUUGUAGUAAAAUACCUCAGAAAUGUGCUAGUUUGUGCUCCAAAAGAUGCUGAUAUUACCCAGCAACCUUUUAUUCGCAUUCCCUCUUGGUGGCAACAUUAUGUAGUAGUUUUACAUAAAAAUAACAGCACUGGAAAUAUGUUUUUUCUUGAAAGCCUCUCUGGGGGAGCUCAGGACACAUUAUUGCUGUCAUGUAACAAAGAUGCAAAUACUAAACAUUUUAAAUUCAUACUUACAGGUAUUGAAUGUGGCUGCUAUGUGGCCUACUGCACGCAUGAUGGCGCUGUUGGUAAAAUAGUUGAUGGAACUGGCACUAUUGACAACUUUCUGAAGAGUUAAACAACACAUAAAUGGUUAUGUAUGAUCUCUUUAUGAUUAUUUAUAGUCUCUCAAUUUGUUUUGUAAAUUAUAUUUUCCUAAUGCUUUACCUAAAGCCACAAGAAAUGUAACACAUAAGCUAAUAUUGGAAUAUAUUUAAAUUUGUAUUCAGUAUAACAAUAACAACUCACCAGAAGAUCAUCAAUGCAUAUGAAAAUGGUAUACAGUAUUACCAAGUUACUAUAUUUUACACUGAAGGUAUUUUUCAUUUAUUUAGUUGUUCCUCUUAUUUAUUUUAGGUAUCUAAUAACAUUAAAUAGCAAUGAUUGCCUAAAUGUAUAUGUUUAUUUCAACAAAUGAUAAUUAGUCCAUUGCCUAAUAAUAUUCCUAACUAUGCAUUUAGAAAAUGUAUACAAUGAGGGAUGAAAUCGUCCACACUUUAUGGAAUAUACUGUACACUGAAAUUGUGUUAAACAAAAACAAAACUAUCAUUCGGUCAACUUCCAUAAAUUAUUUAUUCUUUCUAGAAGCCACCAUUGUUCGGUUCAAAAUUACCAUCAAGUUUUUAAUUAACAGUAGGUAGUGGACUAUUUU